AUGGUUGCAAUGGCCGUGGCCGAUCUACUGGUGAUAAUAUUUGAUGUACUAUUGUAUGAGAUUAAUGACACGUAUUUUCCGGGCUCACUCUUGGAUUAUACACCUAUCUGCAGCCUCAACAUCGCCCUAGUCUUUGCGGCCAUCGAUUGCUCCGUCUGGCUAACUGUUGCCUUCACGUUCGAUCGAUACAUCGCCAUUGGUUGUCCGAAGCUGAGGGGAAAAUAUUGCACAGAACGGACUGCGACAAAAGUUAUUUUGAUUGUCUUUGGACUAAGUUUUGUACAGAAUAUUCCAAUUUUCUUUGAAAACGAACACGUGUAUAUUAUUGACAAUAUACCGUAUCUCUGCAAAGUGAAAUCAUAUCUCUCUAGUUUAACGAUAUGGGUUGCAUAUUUUUUCGUUGACAUUAUAUUAACACCGUUGGUACCAUUUCUGUCGGUUGCGCUGCUUAAUGCGCUGACAACCAGACACAUUCUACAGGCCGCUAGAAUAAGAAAGGGACUUAGAGGAAAGGGGAGCCUCGAGGAAUACAAUGAUCCGGAAAUUGUGAAUCGCAGAAAAUCGAUCAUAUUGCUUCUCUCUAUAUCAAGCUGUUUCAUACUGCUAUGGCUGGUAACGUUUGUACAUUCAAUAUGCACACAAAUUGUAGGCGUUCAGUUUAUGCUCACGGAUUAUAACGAUCCUUUCGCCACCAUGGAGCACACUGGAUAUAUGCUUCAGUGCCUGAGUUCGUGCACAAAUACAUUUAUUUAUGCUGUGGCUCAGGCUAAGUUCAGAGCAGCAUUUGCGAAAUCUGUUAAAUAUCCUUUCACUUUAGUUAAAAAUAUUUUUCAAGUCAUUCAAACCUCAUACUAG